GCUCAUCAGGUACAAGCAGAGGGCCUGCUGUGCAGGCUGCUAUCCAGGUUUGAGCUCCCACAAUUGCAGAAGGAUGGCGAUAUCAACAUUGGAGGGAUCUUCUCCUUCCACGAUAGCUGGGUGGAGACUGAGUCCACUUUUGCUACCAAGCCAUAUCCACCACAGUGCAGAAGUUUAAGCCUCAGAGAAUUUCAGAAUGCUCAAACUAUGGUUUUUGCAAUUGAAGAAAUCAACAACAACACAGAACUUCUGCCUGGCAUCUCCUUGGGUUAUCAGAUUUAUGAUUCCUGCAGUUCUAUUGCAUUGGCGUUAAGAUCAGCAAUGUCUUUGAUUAAUGGGUUUCAAGAGGCCAUUUCCGACACUCAGUGUUCUGAACCAAAAACAAUCCAAGCCAUAAUAGCAGAAACAUCUUCAACACCAACAAUGGCAAUUGCAGCAUCAAUUGGACCUUUGCGCAUACCAGUGAUCAGUCACUUUGCCUCUUGUGCAUGUCUGAGCAAUAAAAAUAAGUACCCCACCUUCUUCAGGACUAUUCCAAGUGACUACUACCAGAGCAGAGCACUGGCCCAGCUGGUUAAACACUUUGGAUGGACCUGGGUUGGCACUAUAUGCAGUGACAAUGACUAUGGUAACAAUGGGAUGGCUACCUUUGUAAAAGCUGCUACUAACAAGGGGGUCUGUGUAGAGUAUUCAGAAGCCUUCCACAGAAAAGAUCCUCAGGAAAAAAUAUUCAGAACAGUUGAAAUAAUUAAAAAGUCCACUUCGGAGGUUAUUGUGGCCUUUGUUUCCUACUUAGACAUGGAGGUUUUGCUGGAGGAGCUGUCCAGGCAGAAUGUCACUGGAUUGCAGUGGAUCGGUAGUGAAUCGUGGAUUUCUGACUCAAACAUUGCCACUAGCAAGUGGCAGCACAUUCUGACAGGGUCCAUGGGCUUUGCAAUCCCUAAAGCUAACAUCACAGGUCUGCGGGAGUUUCUACUCAGGGUACGCCCAUCUCUCAACAAGUCAAUUAACAAUGAACUAUGGGAAACUAUAUUUGGAUGUAAGGUACCCACAGCAGAGAGCAGUAAAAAUGCAGGAAAUCUGUGUACUGGCUCAGAGCGUUUGGAAGAUGAAUACAACCAAUACACAGAUGUCUCUGAACUGCAAAUUGCAAAUAAUGUCUAUAAAGCAGUGUAUGCUGUGGCACAUGCCCUGAACAACUUGGUGGCCUGUACACAGGGAACUCAUACUGAUCAGGUGUGUUCAAGCAAUGCAAAACACAUGAAGCCUUGGCAGCUUCUUCAUUCUCUAAAGAGAGUUCAGUUUUCAACUAUGGUGGGUGAGCGUGUUUUUUUUGAUGAAAACGGUGACCCAGGAGCAAAGUACGAUUUGCUGAACUGGCAAAGCAAAGCUGGGAAGACCGAGUUUGUGGCCAUUGGCCACUAUGAUGCCUCUUUACCCCCUGACCUUCAGCUCUCACUGAAAAACAUGAGUAUUAUUUGGAGGCAGAACCAGUACCAGGUGCCUCUGUCAGUGUGCAGCCAGAGCUGUCCUCUGGGCACUCGUAAAGCUGUGCAGAAAGGAAGGCCAGUUUGCUGUUUUGACUGCAUACCAUGUCCCGAAGGGAAGAUAAGCAACACAACUGAUUCGAAUGACUGCCUCACCUGUCCGGAGGAAUUCUGGUCAAAUGAACUGAGAAACAAGUGCAUCUUAAAAAUGAUGGAAUUCCUAUCCUUUGAUGAAAUUAUGGGGAUAUUCUUAGUGAUAUUUUCAUUGCUUGGUAAUUUUUUAACUGUUAGUGUUGCUGUAAUAUUUUUCAUCCACAAGGACACUCCAGUUGUGAGGGCCAACAACUCAGAGCUGAGCUUCCUGCUGCUCUUCUCGCUCACCCUCUGUUUCCUUUGCUCUCUCACUUUCAUCGGCCGGCCCUCUCAGUGGUCCUGCAUGCUGCGUCACACAGCGUUCGGGGUCACCUUUGUCCUCUGCAUCUCUUGUGUUCUGGGCAAAACGAUAGUGGUGUUGAUGGCCUUCAGGGCUACACUGCCAGGCAGCAAUGUCAUGAAAUGGUUUGGACCUCCACAGCAGAGACUCAGUGUUCUUGCAUUCACUCUCAUUCAGGUCCUCAUUUGUGUGCUCUGGUUAACAUUAUCCCCUCCUUUCCCCAACAAGAAUAUGAAGUACUACAAAGACAAGGUCAUUCUCGAGUGUGACGUGGGCUCAGCCGUGGGCUUCUGGGCUGUGUUGGGCUACAUUGGUCUCCUCUCUCUCAUGUGCUUUGUACUGGCUUUCCUGGCCAGGAAGCUGCCCGACAACUUCAACGAAGCCAAAUUCAUCACAUUCAGCAUGCUCAUAUUCUGUGCGGUGUGGAUCACCUUUAUCCCGGCCUAUGUCAGCUCACCGGGUAAGCUGGCUGUAGCUGUUGAGAUCUUUGCCAUUCUAGCUUCUAGUUUUGGUUUACUCUUUUGCAUUUUUGUCCCAAAAUGUUAUGUUAUUUUGAUAACUCCAGAAAAGAAUACAAAAAAACAUCUGAUGGGGAAAAUGCCCUCAAAAUCACUUUAA